AUGGAGAGGUUCCGGGAGGACGAGGGCUUCUUGAAGGAUGAGGAGAAGCCUCUGCCCAGGAACGAGUUCCAGCGCCAGGUCUGGCUGAUCUUCGAGUACCCCGAGAGUUCCAGCUCCGCCAGGGGCAUCGCCAUCGUCUCGGUGCUGGUCAUCCUCAUCUCCAUCAUCACCUUCUGCCUGGAGACCCUGCCCGAGUUCAGGGAUGAGAACGAGCUGCCCCCGACGCUGUCCAAGGUGCUUAAUGACACCCAGCAUCCCCCUCCCCCCAGCGGCUUGACCGACCCCUUCUUCAUCAUAGAGACCACCUGUGUCAUCUGGUUUACCUUCGAGCUCCUGGUCAGGUUCUUCGCCUGCCCCAGCAAGUCGGAAUUCUCCAAGAACAUCAUGAACAUCAUUGACAUUGUGGCCAUCAUCCCCUACUUCAUCACCCUGGGGACAGAGCUGGCCGAGCAGCAGACUAACAAUGGCCAACAGGCUAUGUCUCUGGCCAUUCUCAGGGUCAUCCGCCUGGUCAGGGUCUUCAGGAUAUUCAAGCUGUCCAGGCACUCCAAGGGCUUUCAGAUAUUGGGGCAAACCCUCAAAGCUAGCAUGAGGGAAUUGGGCCUUCUAAUAUUCUUCCUCUUCAUCGGAGUCAUCUUGUUCUCCAGCGCUGUCUACUUUGCUGAAGCUGAUGAUCCAGAGUCUCAUUUUUCUAGUAUACCUGAUGCUUUCUGGUGGGCCGUGGUCACCAUGACCACAGUGGGCUAUGGGGACAUGAGGCCAGUAACUGUUGGGGGCAAAAUUGUGGGUUCCUUGUGUGCCAUCGCUGGUGUCCUCACCAUUGCUUUGCCCGUCCCUGUUAUAGUCUCCAACUUUAAUUACUUCUACCACCGAGAAACUGACCACGAAGAGCAGGUCAUCCUCAAAGAGGAGGGCAGCAGUGCCCAGGGCAGUUGUGCUGGGGAACUUAAGCGAAGUCCCAGCAAGGUUUCCCUCAACAAAUCUGUAGUCCACUUAGAGAAUGUUGAAGGCAUCAACAAUGGUACUGGUUCCUUAGAGAAAAUCCAACCUCAAAGCCAAGAGCAAUGUGGACCUUAG